AUGCCCCGAAGCGUCAGACAUGCGUUCGCGAGCAAUCCAGAUGCCUGCAUUGAAUCACUGACAAAGUUGGCCAAUUUCUACAAGCACAGCAGAAUCUACAAAGACCAGUACUACGAGAAAACAGCAUCUCGCCUACUCUGCGACGAGUACUUUUACAUCGUCGAUAUCGACAACACCUUCAAAGGGCCAUUCUUACUAUCUGAUUUUCUUCACGACAAAAGCGGAUUGUACAGCGACGGUACAAUCGAAGAACGCCUGCUCGACUUCAACAAAUUCUUACAGUGCCUCUACAACUGCAAGUUCGAUCCUUGCCGCCACGAAGUGAGUCUAUGGUACACCGAAACCAGCAGCGACGGCAUCUUUGAGGGCUUGGAGACAAAUCCAGUCAUAGACUAUGUGACCUGGAUUUCAGCCAUGAUCGAGGAACAGAAUGCACUACAAGAUGUCCCCGUACCCUUUGAGUUCCAUAUUACCGACUCCGGUGGUUGUCCAUGUGAUUAUGACCAUGAUUGUGACUGUGACUGGGCGUCUGACGCUGACUCCAUGGGCUCGAGUGAUGAUGCUCUGAUCUGA